CAUUCACAUACUUACUCUGAAAACAACACUUACAUACUUACUGAAAACAACACUCACAUACUUACUGAAAACAACACUUACAUACUUACUGAAAACAACACUUACAUACUUACUGAAAACAACACUCACAUACUUACUGAAAACAACAUUCACAUACUUACUCUGAAAACAACACUUACAUACUUACUGAAAACAACACUCACAUACUUACUGAAAACAACAUUCACAUACUUACUCUGA